AUGGUGCUCUCGAUGACGCGGGCAGUCCGCGCUUCAAGCGCAUCACGCUCCAUACCGACUUCUUCUUCAGUUGCACCCGCCGCAACAAGUCGAUUCACGACGCUGCACGCACGAUGUCGUUCUACACUAUCGCGACAGCUGCCACCUUCAACAACACCUUCACGCACCGCCUCUGCUUCAUCAUCUCGCGGGCUAGCUUCCUUCGUCGGGCCCUCAUCUUCUCCCCCACCAGAGCCCAAUGCUCUGCAAGUCACAGAUCCUCUUCUCAUCUACCGCGCCAAAGUAGCCCGCGGAGAGCUCGAAGAAGACGAGGAACAGCUGCGAGCGCUCAUCGAGCUACGCAAAAUCAACCGAACCCUGCGCGACUAUGUGCCACCGGCACACCUGCUCGGUAUCCUUCAGGAUGAUUCACAGUCCGCGUCCUCCACCGCUCUCGCUUCCUCCGUCGAUUUGCGCUUACGCCCAGGAGCACGGGAGCUUCACGACACGCCUUCCUCGGAAACGAAAACUUCUGGCGAGAAUAUCGGCGAACUCGUGAAAUGGCUCAGUGAAAGCGAAGGCCUCGCCGAACUAGGCACACCAAAAGGGUUGCUCAUCACAGGCACACCAGGGACAGGAAAGAGCAUGGUCAUGGACAUCUUCUACGAUUCCUUGCCGACCAAAUUCAAGUUCAGACGACACUACCACCACCUCCUGCUCGACCUGUAUCGCAUCAUCUGGGAAGAGGCCGAACGUCGACGUAUCCAGGUGCGACAGGGAACUCCACGUGCCACGGCAACCCCGGAGAUUGGGACAGGUGCUGUAUGGACCCGCGACUCUACGGCUGCGAACAAAGCUUCGGCGUGGAGAAGGGCUCUGCGCGGCAUGCCGUUCUUCCGCCCCGACUCGCUCGCCGACGAAGGCGACAACCGGCUGCAGUAUAUCCCAGGGCCAGAUGGCGAUGUGGUCAAGACGACGCUGCCUUUACAUGCCGCUGCGCACCUAUUCUUGAACCAUGGUCACAUUUUGCUGUUUGACGAGAUCCAGCUGGUCGAUGUUGCCAGUGCUGGCCUGUUGAGGCGCACGCUCGAAGCGUACUGGAGGCUAGGGGGCGUCGUGAUUGGAACGAGCAAUCGCAUUCCGAAGGAUCUGUAUGCCAGCAACGUGCAGAGGGCACAAUUGACGCAGUUUUUGGAGAUUUUGCAAGAGCGAUGUCCCAAUCACGAGAUGAGGAGGAGUCGAGAUUUCAGAAGGCAGCCGUUCUACCGUCAAGAAUGGCUCGAUCGCAACGAGAACCAAGACGAUGCCGAAGAGCAGGCACAGGACAGGAGCAGCGGUGCGCAAUCAAGCUCCGACGCAGCGCAAACAUCGUACUUCCUGCGCAGCGAGGCGGACAAGUACGACAAGCUGGUUGCCGACGUCAUUGGUGGCCGUGCCUCUGUUCCUGCGACGCUCAACGUGUAUGGACGAAAAUUUCACGUUCCGCGCUCGAUCGCUGCUACAAACUCGCUGCCGAGCGUGUGUCACUUCACCUUCUCCGAGCUGUGCGACUCGCCCUUAGGCCCCGCGGACUACCUCACGCUCGCUUCGACGUACCACACUCUCAUCCUUGAAGGCGUACCCCAGAUGACGCUGAUGCAGAAGAACCAAGCUCGUCGAAUGAUCACGUUGCUCGACGCGGUGUACGAGGCAGGAUGUCGGCUUGUCGUGUUGGCAGAUGCCGGGCCGGACGACUUGUUCUUCCCGGAUGCGGAGGGGGCGGCUCGACAUGCAGCGCGUGGACCUGCGGCUGGGCCCGGCGAUGUCCGUCCCGAAUUGCAGUACGUCCAAGACGGGACGAUGGAAGACAUCAUCGACAUGUCGACAAAGGGUGGGCGGUCGCCAUUCCUCACCCCGCCGCCUGGGGAGGUCUACCCGGAAGAAGAGCAGAUGGCGCGACGCAAAGCGGCCGAACGCGUCGACUUCAGCCGCGACGAGUUCAUGACCGAAUCGCUCAUCAUGGCCGAAACCCUCUCCGAAGCCAUGCAAGACACCGAAGAGGGCUUCCGGCCCAACAUCUCGGCCUACUCGUCCGACCGUCCCUCCCGCUCUCCCGCCAACGCCUCCACCCGGAAAGACGACAAGGCCGGCUUCAAGCACCUGGCGAUCUUCAGUGGCGAGGACGAACGCUUUUCAUACCAGAGAGCGGUGUCGAGGCUCUUCGAGAUGUCGCACCCGGACUGGAUGCGGCGAAAAGGCUGGCGGCCAUUUUUGGCGAAGGAGAUGGGUGCGUGGGCCGGGACGUCGCACCAGCAGGAAGAGCAGGUGGCGGAGGCGGAGGCAGUGGGCAAGGUGGUGGUGGCGAACGAGCUGAAUGAAGCACAUCAGCAUUUGGAGCGUGCUGAGAGUGCGGCGAGUGCGACCGCGGUAGCGGCAGCGACGGCAGAGGGUUCGUCGGCGGAUUCGCCGUCGCGGUUCGUGGACCCGAGCGGAGACUUUGCUGAGGAGGCGUCGUACGAGACGGCAUCUUUCCCUGGGCGCAGGAGUGCGCAGAUGAAGCUCGAAAGGGAGAUCGAGGGGUGGGCUGCCAAACAGCAGCAACAGUCGCAGCAAGAUGCUGGAGGCAGGAAAAAGUACGAAGCGGCGGACUUUUCACCCGGGCCGAUCGGCAAGAAGCGCAACCGCGACCAGGGCCCGCCCGUCUUGUCAGAAGCACACGUCUGGGGUGUUCGAGAGGACUGGGGCAAGAAAGCAGGUGUCUGGGGUAAAGGAUCUUCUGUUUUCGCCGACACCUCUGCUUCAUCCUCACGACGUCCCAGUACCACACCACUGCCUUCUUCUGGUCGGAGUGUGAGCGAGGGCGGUCGGCGCAAGUUGUCCACCUCGCCACUGCGUAGCGCACGGGUGCUGGACCACUAUUCGACGCUGCAGGUGGGCCGCGGCGCGACACAGGCACAGAUCAAGGCACAGUUUUACAAGUUGUCCAAGGAGCUGCAUCCGGACGUGAAUCCGUCCGAGGAUGCAAAGCGGCGGUUUCAGGAGGUGAGCGAGGCGUAUGCCACGUUGGGGAGUGCGGCGAAUCGCAGGGUAUACGACCGGCAGUCUCAGGCGUCGUCUUCGUCUUCGAGAGCGUACGGCGAUAAUGUCGGCGGUGGGGGUGGUGCGGGAGCGUACUACUACAAUGCAGACGACAACGCCAACCGCCGAGCACGCGCGACGUAUGCGUGGGACUACCAGCGUCGGCGCCGCUCGCAGGAGCAGUCGCAGUACAACACCGCCACGGGCACCGGGAUGGGGAGACAGACGCACUCGUCGAUCUUCAACAACAACGACGGCUCGGCGUCUGGCGCGGAGAGGAGCGCGUUCGAGACGCUGGCGGCGCAGCAGCGCGCGCGCGAGGCGCGCAACAGGGCUCGCCAGAUGGGCUCCCAGGCGAGCACGAUGGAGCAGAGAGCAUACCAGGCCGACGUGGCCAACCCGCUGGUGAGGUUCGGACAGGUCGUCGUGAUGCUGUAUCUGGUGUACAAGGCCGGCACGAUGUUUGUGGGCACUCAGCAGCAGGAGAGGAAGGGGGUCGCCAGGAGGUCCUGA